GUUCUCUCGGAGUCCUACUAUGUCAGAAAGGUAUGUUGCAUAGUAGUAUGACGAAAAAUAUGGUCGUUGUAGUAUAAAUUACUACACUGCGAUGGGCAGGGGUGAGGGAGAAAUGGUUCUGCUGCUAGCUGGAUGGGGUAUGACAGCAGUACGGUGUUUCCCUUGGAUGACCAGCAGUGCCACGCUGAUGCUGCCUUCCCAGCAGGAGAAGGUGGGGGUUAGAAGAAGUCAGCAUCAAACAUAACACACUUCACCUGUCCCAUGGUUUUCUCUCUAGUUGGUGUUAGAGCAACCAAAUCUCAAAACAACAUCUCUCAGAAGACCACGCUUGACAGACCUCAAGCAGAUAUCCCAUGGGCUCUGCUGUCACGCAAUCCUUUUUCUCUUUUAGGUACCUCAAAAAGAAAAAACUUUCCACGGUUCGGGUACCCUGGAAGUAUCAACCUUCCGCAUGCUUCCAGUAGCAUACAAGACCCAAUCAAACAUCACCUAUCCUCAUCAACUAUAUCUCUUCCUUUGCCUUCACCUCCUGAUACUAACAUUAAGCCUCUUACACCUGCCUCAACCUCUUACUCUGCAACCGUUGUCAACAAUCAAAGCCAUCGGAACCUCAUUCCUAGUCUCUUAUGUCCCGCCACCAUGUAUUUCGUGUAGAAGCUUUCAAUGCUCGAAUCGGUCAGUAAGCAUUGCUCGUGAAAACUCUAAUCUCUAGCUAUGGAUGUGUGCUGUGUCUCUGAGACAAGUAUACAAGAACCGAGUGUGGUUAUUAAAUUGGCCUCACUUGGCCAUAGUAGUGGAUUCUCAAAAUUCACUUUAAG